ACCUCACGGGAGGAAUCCGAAUGAGAAGACUGGAGCGGGAGCGGCCAGCAGCACCGAGCGCCGCCGCCGCGGUGGGCCUCUUCGAUCCCGUGGCUGCUCUGCUGCUCCUCCGUCGUCGACCGCACCGAUGCCCGCCACCGGGCCUGCCGGCCGCUGUGUGUGAUUGAACCGACGGCUCUAAACAAGACCCGCGGGCAAAACAGUGCGCUACUAAACGACGUGACGUGCCCAUUCUGCAACCUCUCUUGCGGUGCAGCCUCGCCGCUGCUGCUUUUAGUUUCCUCGGCCGCCUCCCCCCGGCCCCCUCUACUCGGCGUAUCCUCCCCGCUUUCCCCAACUUUUUCCCGCUCGCGUUGGUGUGUGCGGUGAUCGUACGACGACGAUGGUCCGUCGAGAUCGGCCGGCAAGAAGGCCUCCCCGUGAGACUGCGACGCCGGAACAGCCGCACCAUCCCGGCGUUGCGUUCGGGAGCCGCACGUCGACCCGUGGAGCGGCCACUGCAGCGGCGGCCUCCUGCGGCCUGUCCGAAUGCGCUAACCCUCGUUCCGAGCUCCGGCGACGCUAAGCCUGCCGCGCGAGCCGGGGUCUGCCUUCGGCCGUCAGUGGUCGCCGCCCGGCUGGAGUCGGGCCUAACAGACGACGGCCCUGCGGGUCGACCGCCGCUACCGGGACUCGAGGAGAAGCCGCGCUAGCAGAGUGUACGCUUUUAGGCCUGACUGAGGAGAGGGGGGAGGAGGAGGCCGUCUUGUGUUGUUUCUUUCCGCCCCGUCGGAGACCGGUGGCCGUGGGUGCGAGUCGGUGUGCUCAGGCCUGCCGGCGGCCCUCGCGUCAGCGCGUCCGCCCAGCGGUAAGCCCUGCCCCAGGGACGGCCGGCGGCGCCCGGACGGUGCGGUGACAUGGCAAGCUGGCGUUGGGCCGGGGACUGACGCGUCCCGCUGACAGCCGCCGGGCCAGGAGCGUCGCGUCGUCGGGCGCGACAUCGGCGUCCGUCUCCUGCGGGGUUCCAAGACGCCGCUGGGACGCGGCCCCGUCAUCGCCACCGGCUCGCUGAGCGCAAGCGGUGGCGAGCUGCUUUCGGUGCUGCAGAAACAUGGCUUCGUCGGCAGCCAAGCCUAACAUGGGCGUCGGUUCGAGUGAGCCGCAGCAGUGCUCCUCCGAGCCCGAAGAGGAAGCCAGUCCGACGUCGGCCGCUGGCGCUGAGGGCUCCUCCCAGCAGCAGGACGAACAGCAGCAGCAACAGCAACAGCCGGAGUACGAGACGGGACACGGCCACUACUUCACCAAGCGGACUUUCCACAAGCCCACGUACUGCCAUCACUGCACCGAUAUGCUCUGGGGACUCAUAGGUCAAGGGUACAUUUGCGAAGUUUGUAAUUUUGUAGUUCACGACAGAUGCCUCAAGACUGUGGUUUCUCCUUGUUCAACUAUUGCAAUCAAUGUAAUCAAAAACCCAGUGCCCCACUGCUGGACGGAAGCAGGCCACCUCAAAAGAAAAUUUUGCAAUGUCUGCAGGAAACGAAUCGAAGACAACUGUGCAGUUAGGUGUGAAGUUUGUGAAUAUUGUGUGCAUUUGGAGUGCCAAGACUUCAGCGUUGCGGACUGCAAACAAUGCGCUACUUAUGCUCCAAGUAGAAAUAAACCGUCGGUGAUGCAGUUCCACCACUGGCGGGAAGGCAACUUACCCGCUAAUUCCAAGUGCCAGCUGUGUAAGAAGACCUGCUGGUCGGCCGAGUGUCUGGCCGGUAUGCGAUGCGAGUGGUGCGGCGUGACGGCGCACGCCACCUGCUACCGGACCCUGUCGCAGGAGUGCAACUUCGGCGUCCUGGAGAGCAUCAUGCUUCCUCCGGCUGCCGUCAGCAUUCCGCGCACGGACGUUCCCCUGGAAACCAUCAUCGGAGUGGAGAUGCGGAGGAGGGAGACACUAGCGCGGGCCACUUACCCCAGCAUAGCAAGAAGCAUAUCGGAGGAAUUCUCAUCGACAGGGGACCUCAAAAGCAAAGAAUUCGAUGAUUAUCCGUCACCAAAAGAAAAAGAUAAAGAUGAAGAAAUAAUCAAAGUAUACGACGGUAAUGCCUCCAUGAAGAGAAGGAUGUUUAGGACAAUCACUGUAUCACGCAAUGCAACUAGGGAACAAAUCAUCGGUGCUGCAUUGCGAGCAUUCCAUAUAUCUGGAGAUCCAAAGCACUACUACAUAACCGAUGUGUACGACCCGAACGAGAAAGAACUGGGCGACUUCAUGCCGGUGCAAAGCCUGACACGGAGGGAAGGGAAGCGGCCUGCCAUUUUCCUCAGGUAUCGACCUCCCAACCCGGACCAGGGAUACGUCAAGGUCUUCCCCGGAAAGCUCAGGUCUGCGGACAUUUACCGCGUGAUUCCAGUGACAAGUGACACGAGUGUAGAAGAAAUUAUGAUCCAGGCUCUCGAAAAAUUUGGACUAGACUCUUCGGACAUCAACAAGUUCAGGCUAUCCGAAGUCACGCUAGACAAAGGAUCUGUUCAUGAAAGAGUGAUGGACAAUCAAGAAGGUCCUUGGGUGUUGCUUAAAAAUAUUGCCAGAGAGUCAAUACGGCAGAAAGACCUGACCAGGUUCUACCUCCAGCAAAAAGAGGAUUGUUACAGCUCUAGCGUUGCCCUUUUCGUUGGAAACCUUCCACCAAAUCUAUCCCAGAGGCAGUACGAGAAAAUUCUAGUAGACCUUUUAGGAAAACCUUAUAAAUUUAAGCAGAUAGGUCCAAUUUAUUACGAGUACGGUUCCCUGAUCAUCACCUAUGACAAUGCUGACAUAGCAGUGAAGGCUUUUUACAUGCUGAGGGAGUCAAGCUUCGAAGACAAAAAUCUCCUUGUCCUACUCCUGCCCAACACUAUCCCUGAGAUGAUCCCCGAAGGUGUCAGGCCGUUACUGGUAUUCGUGAACGUGAAGAGUGGAGGAUGCCAAGGCCUGGAACUCAUCACAUCUUUUCGUAAAAUGUUGAACCCUUAUCAAGUGUAUGAUUUGGAGAAUAGUGGACCGUUACCUGGGCUGUACGUGUUUCGGCACGUGCGCGACUACAAGAUCCUGGUGUGCGGCGGCGACGGCACCGUCGGCUGGGUGCUCCAGUGCCUGGACAACGUCGGCCAGGACUCCGAGUGCCAGUCUCCGCCGUGCGCCAUCGUGCCGCUGGGCACGGGCAACGACCUGGCGCGAGUGCUGCGCUGGGGACCCGGCUACACCGGUGGCGAGGACCCCCUCACUCUGCUCAAGGACGUCAUCGACGCCGAGGAGAUUCGCUUGGACAGGUGGACGGUGGUCUUCCACUCGGAUGAAAAGCCGGAGGAGAAGCCCGGCUCACUCACAAACAGCUCGGGCUCCACGUCCGAGGACAACACGGCCAUAUUCGUCAUGAACAACUACUUCGGCAUCGGCAUCGACGCAGACCUUUGCCUCGACUUCCACAACGCUCGGGAAGAGAACCCCAACAAGUUCAACAGCAGACUUCACAACAAGGGCGUGUAUGUGAAGAUGGGUCUCCGCAAAAUGGUGAGCAGGAAGACCUGGAAGGAUCUGCACAAAGAAAUCCGUCUUGAGGUGGACGGAAAAGUGAUCGACCUGCCCCCUGUAGAGGGUAUCAUUAUUCUCAACAUUCUCAGUUGGGGUUCCGGUGCUAACCCCUGGGGGCCCGAGAAGGAGGACAUGUUCUCGAAACCGACGCAUUACGACGGUAUGCUCGAGAUCGUCGGCGUCACUGGCGUCGUCCACAUGGGCCAGAUUCAGAGCGGGCUGCGCAGCGCCAUCCGCAUCGCGCAGGGGGGCCACUUGCGGAUACGGCUAAACACGGAAAUGCCUGUUCAAGUAGACGGUGAGCCUUGGAUUCAGGGGCCCGGCGAAGUCGUCGUGCUCCGAUCGGCCUUGAAGGCCACGAUGCUCAAGAAGAGCAAGAGCAAGAUCAGGCGCCGAAACACUGAGCCCACCAUGGUUCUGGCAAGCCUGGAAAGCUCGCAGCAACCGCCUCCGACGACCAGUACGAGCCACACCAUGGGGCCCUUCUGAAGAGGGUACUCCGUCGGACUCUUUCAGCCAGGACACUUGCAGUGCGUGUGUGCUGACGUUGCGGCAGUGACGGUCCGCGGAGGGGGGGGAUACACCGCCCCCUACGUGAUCGAAAGCCAGCCUUCGGGGUGCUGGCUUCCCUGAUUUUAUCCUUACUUAGUUUGCAUGCAGCGGGACAGUCAGACGCCCUGUACUGCUCUGCAGAUCAACUGCCGCUUAUGUGAGGCAAAAGUUCAUCGCCGACGGCUGUCUAUAUAGCAAUGUGCCAUGUGGAACUGAACAACUGGCGCUACACCAGGGCGCUACACGUGGAAGCGAUUUGUUGUUAGUGACGUAGAUGACCCUCUGGUCAGGGUUAGUGACUUGUUCUGGGAGGACCCCACUCGCUCUCAGCCGGACGCACCUCAAGACUAAGCGCGCGAACACUUCUCCUUGGAAUCGCUUGCGGCACGUAAACGUGGUUUCGUCAUCACUUUCGCUCAGCUUGUCACACUAUGCAAGUGCUUUAAGAUCACGUGCUCACUCUCAGUUAGCAAAUGGCAGAACACACGAGGGCGCAGUAAAUGAGUCGAAAUAAUCGAGAGGUAUUUUGCGCUUUGGCGACCGUAUACGCUUGAAAAAAGUGAGGCACGAAGCUAUAUGUAUAGGCUAGUUCCAAUGGUAGCCCGACAAGAUAAACAAAAAAAAAACAAGGAAGCUUUUACCAGAAUCCAACUGUUCCUGUGUGACCAGCGUCAGCGGUCUGGGAUAGGCUUAAAACACCGCCGGUUCUGUUGAAGUUCUCAUGCUUCCUGUAUUUUCUGGCCCGCAGCCCAUCGCAGUUCUUGCGUAGCGUGCUCCGCCCUAUAGAGUUCGGCGAAUGCAUUCUCUCAUUUGGUUCUUCGUGUCUCAGAAGUGGAUGGCCUGCGUCUUCGCGACUGUGCUCGUAUCAUCUAAUGUUUCCUUUCGUGUGUUCUCGUAGUGCAGUGUGUAUCCGUGGCCCCCGGUGACAGCAGAUGUCUUUGGCCUUCUGCUGUCGCCUUCUGUUCUUCUCCUUCUCUUUAGCGUGAUUCGUACUGUGCCGUUCCUCCACGCCUUGCCUGGCUGAAGUACUGGGUUGCAUUGUAGACUCGGGUGCCAUAUGCGGAUGCCACUGUACAGGCAAACGUGUCUUGUGGCGCUUCCUGUCCCAGUUUUCAGCGAACGAAGCUGUUUCUUUCUGCACUGUUGUUCAUAUAAACUCAAACCAUAUCCGAGUCAUUCCAGCCUUUGGAUGCGUACAAAUGGAGAAAAAAAAAAGAGAUAUAUACCUAUACGCUGUUCUACUUUCGCUUCGAUGUGGUUUGUUGGUCCUUCAGUGGCAUUCCGUGGGCUCGAGAGUUCGAGCGGGCUCACAAAAAAGUUACAGCACUUGCUUUUGUAGGCUAUAUACAUAUAUCCAUCUCUAUAUGUAAAUACGGUAGCUACUAUGACGAGGUUUUAUCCUUCAGUUCACAAUAACUAAGUGACCGUAGCUUCAUUCCUUGAGGUGUAGUUGCGAAGUUUUCUAUAGAGCACGUGUUCUUAACACCCCCUUUACGCAGGCUAUUUUCAACCUAGGCAAAUAUAGGGAAACACCCACUUUUAGCAGAACUGUGUAUAUAAUCCGUGUAUAACUCGAGAGCUGGUGUUAAUUGUUGUGGAAAACGCAUAAACAGACACGUCUCUCAUUUGAAGCUAGCACCGCAUCUGCAAGACAGUAUAGGUGAGCAGUUGACGCUUCGAUUCCGGUGCAUUGUCAGGCGUUUGUACGACUAUAGCCUCGUGCUUUCAGCAGUGGAAUAGUACGCGACAACGCACCGCUGGCGUAGAAAACACUCCCCCAGAGUUACGUUAUAACCGGGUACGACUUUGGAAGGAACAUGUCGCACAAACGUUUUUGAUAUGCAAUACAGAAAAGCAUUUGUUUGCGGAGAGUUACCGAAAGGAGGUAAAACAAAAGGUGCUUAGGGCAGCCUCGUAUGCACCCGUAUUACAGAGCCGCCAGCAUAUUUUGAUUAGACGACAUGUACUAGACUAUUUUCAAGGACGGCGCACACUUGUUUCUCUCCGUGCUUAAAACCUCGAUGCAGAAAUACUUACAUCUCAUUCAGCAGAAAUCAUGUCUCGUGGAGAUAUUGAUUCUUAAGAAUUAACUGCUAGAUAUCUGUAGCUUGUGAAUGUAGACACUCAAGGCUGAGAUCAUGUACAGCCAGUUGCAAAGAGUGUGGUACCGCAUUUGUGGCGUUGAAAACAGGAGAUGUACGUACGUUGCAACACACACUGAACAAUACAUGUAUAAAUCAAUAUUUUAUACGCGUAAAAGCAACAUGGUUGUGCGCUAUUAAGGUAGACGUGUGCCAGUAUCGAAAAGAUCUGCCUCAAACACACAAAAAAUAUUAUGAAAUUUCCCACCCUGAAUGCAGCUGGCGUACCGAACUUAUUCCUACAAUUUCAUCGGUGCAACGUAGGUGGUCGCCUAUGUAAGCUAGUGUAAACAAAGAAAUGGAAGUGCUUCUUUGAGUUAUGGAAAUGCCCUUGCACGUGACACUGAGAAGCUCGCUUGAUUUUUAGCAGCCAUGCAACACACUUUCAACGCACACCUUCUCAUGUAUUUACCCGUCAUAAUCAAGGCAGUGCUGCUUUUCAGAUAGAAUAUAGCAUCUACCAUUCGGCAGCGUUCGGGAACUUCAUAUUCCAUCGCCGUGUUUUCCAGCCGUCAGGCGCCCCACGUAUUGCCCAAAGAUCUUUGAUCCCCAGUCCAGUUCCCACUCAGACAGACCGGGCCGAGUGCCUCUGUUGUACCCAACGUAAUUAGCCAGCGCACGCCCCUUUCUUGCUUGGGCACUGUUGUAGAACAAAGCGCCCCACCAGAAGCAAAACUCGCUUGAGUUUUCUAGCAAGAUGCGUAGUGAACACGUGCAUCUUUAGGCAUAGACAUACAGAUACGACGAAGCGUGCACUGCUUUGUAGGAUUGCUAAUUAAAAAAAAAAGGUUUAAUAUGAAGUGAAACACUUUCUUUUCGUGGCACACAGAUAGGACUCGCAGCAUGUCGGCUGCUAACAUAGCAUAAAAGUGAAAAAAAAACUGUCCACGAGCUGUACACAUGUUGAUAGUCAUGACAAUAAUAAACGAUUUAUGUCAAGGGAA